UUGAAACUAUUCAUUAUAAAUAUUACAAUCAACAAAUCUAAUUUGAUCAAGUUCCAUUAUAGCAUUGCCAUAGUUCUUUGAAACUUUAAAGCAAACCAGAGCCAAAAAUUAGAAAUGAUGUCUACUUUGCAAUCAUAUAUCUAUGAAGAUUUGCAUCCAAAAAUUGAAACACAGAAUACUCCAGAAUCUCACCUUCUCAUUGUUCACAUUCCUGAUGGUUUUGCAAAAGAAGAUAUUGGUGCAAAAGUUGAGUAUGAUUUUGGAAGGGUGAGAGUUUUUGGUGAAAGAUCAAUUGGAGCAAACAAAAUGAAACGGUUCAAUGAAAAGUAUCAAGUUCCAUCACAUUGUGAUGUUGGCAAUAUUAGAGGUAAGUAUGAUGGAAAUGGAAAAACUGUCACUAUUAUAAUGCCAAAUAUUCCAGGUAAAGUUCCUCCACAAGAACAAAAACCAAUUGAAGAAAGUAAGGAAGAUCAAAAGGAUCAACAAAACACUUCUCAUCAAGAUUCUAAAUCAAAUGUUGAAAGUAAAGACGAUGCUACUCCGCAAGAUGCUCAAAAAUUGACUACGCCUCAAAAGGAUCCUGAAGAAACUUCUCAAAAAGAUCAAGUUACAAAAGAUGAUGAGAAUCCGACCGUGCAAGAAGCUACAAAAGAGUCUAUAGCUCAAAAGGGUCAAGACGAAAUUUCCCAAAAAGAAUUUGCAUCUCAAAAAGGUCGAGAAGAGAUUUCUAACACUGAAUCUGAGUCUGUAACUCAAAAGGAAUCUUUGUCACAAAAGAGUCAAGAGGAAAUUUCUCAAAAAGAGUCUAUAGAUGAAAAGGGUCGAGAAGAAAUUUCUCAAAAAGAGUCUAUAGAUGAAAAGGGUCGAGAAGAAAUUUUUCAAAAGUCGGAGGUUACAGAAGUUGAAAGUAAGGAAAAAUCUCAUCACGAGACUCCAACUCCAUCAGAAGAAACACACAAGUAUAUGCCUGAAAAAAGUCAAGAUCAAGGAACUCCCGAUAAAGCCGCGGAUACAAAAGAUGCAAAACUUCAAACACAAAAAACCACAUCAAGUCUAAAAGAUGAGAAUAAGGAAAAUCAAAAGUUUGUAAAUGAAGAAAGUAAGAAUCAUCUCAAGAAACCUAUGGAAUCAGAAAAGCCACAAGUUAUGAAUGAUUCUCCCCCUACACUUGAAAAGGAAACCAAGUAUGGAAGUAAAGAAACUGCAAAAGUGAAAGCAUACAUAGAAAAAGGAAAGGAAAUGAUGAAUGAUAAAUUCGGCGAUGAUAAUGCCGAUGAGAAAAAGAGUGGUAAAAAAAGCUUUCCUGAAUCAACAAGAACAAGAAUCAAAGACAUGGCUUUAUCGACUACUCAAGCGGUAACUAAUUAUGCAAAGAGGUUCAACGAAGAAGAUAAACAAAAGCUAAUAUACACCGGUGCAACAAUUCUUGUUGUCGCACUCGGUGUUUACGCUUCUUACAAAUAUCGUUCCUCGCCUAGAACAUAAAGAAAUUGCAUAUGUAUAAGAUUUAAUUUACUACCAUAGUAUCUAUCAUAUUUGUAUCAUACUUGACAAAUAAAUAAAAGGUUACAUGUACUUACA